GGAAGCAUUACCCCGAUGUCUCUUUUUCUUGGUCUCCAGCUUCUCCUGCCCAAGACGUUCAUAGCAAAGCUGAUCUCCCACCAGUGUCAGAACAGAUCCUGCAGACCCUCACAGAUUUGGCUCGAUCUUUCCAGGAGAUGGCAGACUCCUGCUUGCUGGUUUUACACCUGGAAGUCAGGGUCCAUUGCUUCCACUACCUGAUCCCUUUGGCCAAACAGGGCAACUAUGCCAUUGUGGCCAAUGUGGAGAGCAUGGAUUACGACCCCCUGGUGGUGCGGCUGAACAAGGACAUCAGCGCCGUGGAAGAAGCCAUGAAUGCUAGCUUGCAGCAGCACAAGUUCCAGUACAUCUUCGAAGGUUUGGGUCAUUUGAUUUCCUGCAUUCUCAUCAACGGGGCUCAGUACUUCAAGCGCAUCAGUGAGUCCGGCAUUAAGAAGAUGUGCCGGAACAUCUUCAUCCUUCAACAGAACCUGACCAACAUCACCAUGUCCCGAGAGGCUGAUCUGGACUUUGCAAGGUGGGAGGAAGGAGA